CGAGCCCCGCGGCGGUUUGUGGCCGGUCUGUGUGUGUGUGUGUGUAUUUCUCUUCAGGAGGGCGACUUCAGUCUCAAUCAUCCCUCACACAGAUUUCCUCCAAUUUUCUACGCUCCGUUGAGCGGAGACCUUCGUGGCUUGACGCGGGACCGUGUCACGGACUUUAUUCCUAAUUGACUUUCAUUUUUGAGGAUUUUUCGCGUCUCUCCGCGAGCUAAGCUAGUACCAGGCUCGUGAGCUAAAACUGGAUUUGCGUAAAUUCUCCGCUUACGAAAAGUUCAGUGGACCAAAAAUACCAUACUAAUGACAAGUCUUUCACGGCUAAAUCCACUCGAAAAUUUCCAUAAAGUCUCUCCUGGUCGGGGCGGGUUGCAAAGAAGACGUUAAAGGCCAUCAUUACCUCAGCGAAGCUAACGAGCUAAUAUGAAGUUAGCCAGCUAACGUUCGCGUAAGCAAGAAAACAACCACCGCGGUAGCCGUUUGUACAUUUUCAAUGUGAAGCUGUACAGUUAAUAGUGUGAAAUUCAUGUGUAUUAUUGUGUUACCUUAGUAUUUAAGGCGUUUGUUUUCACGCUAAGUGUCUAAUCUGUAUUGGGGAGUGGUGGGUUGUUGAUCUGUACUACUUAUAUACUUCAGCUGAACCCACUCACGUUAUUAACCUUCAUUAGUGUUUAACGUUGACAGUGGUGCAGUCUGGUAUUGUUGUGGCUUGUUGACCAAUCGUAUAUUUUUGAAUACAUUUGUAGUUACCACGGUCAAAUGCAUAGCCUCGUUUAAUUAGGACAGGUUCACUGACCCAACAGGUUACCAAUCUAUACAACCCUGUUCAAGUGGUUUGUUUCCUGAUCAGGCCUAUGGUUGUAACGGGGGAUAGGGAUGAAUCGCGUGGGGAUCGAGAUCUAACAACUCGCCUUGAACCGAGUUGUGGAUUGUCAUAUGAAAAGAGAGAUUUGUAUGGAAGUGGGCAGCUUCACUUGACACAGUCUUGGGCUUUGUCGGGCAUCAUGGGGGUCUUGCAGGGGGGCAUAAAGUCAUCUACAUAGUGUCUAAUUGGAGUCUUAGGCGUUAUGUAGUCGGUUUGGAGGGAUAAUAUUGUGUUUUCCUAUAGUUGAUAUAUAUUUUUCUUAAAAAUACUAUGUACAUUGGUCUCCGUCCCAUGACCGACACAGGACACCUGUUAUUGAAAUAAAAAUAUAGCAUAGCACCGAUUGGUCAGUCUGGAUCAAGAAACCCUGUCUUUCGUCUCUGGUUGGAGUAACACUCCCAAGCCAUCCUCAAUGCCUUCAGCGCUGGCCGUGUUCACCUGCCGCCCGAAUUCACACCCGUUUCAGGAACGUCAUGUCUACCUGGAUGAGCCGGUCAAAAUCGGGCGCUCCGUGGCCCGCUGUCGACCUGCGCAGAAUAACGCCACCUUUGACUGCAAAGUGCUGUCCAGAAAUCACGCACUGGUGUGGUUCGACCAUAAGACGGGAAAGUUUUAUCUCCAGGACACAAAAAGCAGCAAUGGCACCUUCAUUAACAGCCAGCGCCUGAGUCGCGGGUCAGAGGAGAGCCCUCCUUGUGAGGUCCUCUCUGGUGACAUUAUUCAGUUUGGGGUGGAUGUAACGGAGAACACCCGGAAAGUCACUCAUGGCUGUAUAGUGUCUACCAUCAAGCUCUUCCUUCCAGAUGGCAUGGAAGCACGGCGGCGCUCAGAUGUCGUUCAAGCACCAUCACCCCUGGCUAUUGAUAAGGUGUCUGCAAAUACGCCCAGUAUGUAUUCUCAGGAACUGUUCCAGCUCUCCCAGUACCUGCAGGAGGCCUUACACAGAGAGCAGAUGCUGGAGCAGAAGUUGGCCACACUGCAGAGACUUUUGGCCAGCACGCAGGAAGCAUCUGAGAGCAGCUGGCAGGCUUUAAUCGAUGAAGACCGGUUACUCUCCAGAUUAGAAGUGAUGGGGAAUCAGUUGCAAGCAUAUUCCAAAAACCAAACAGAAGACGGCAUUCGGAAAGAGCUCGUAGCCUUAACAGAAGACAAACACAAUUAUGAGACGACAGCCAAAGAGUCCCUGAGGCGGGUCCUUCAGGAGAAAAUCGAGGUGGUCAGAAAGUUGUCAGAGGUGGAGAGAAGUCUGAGUAACACAGAGGACGAAUGCACACAUCUGAGAGAGAUGAACGAACACUCACAAGAAGAGCUCCGAGAACUCGCCAACAAAUACAACGGAGCCAUUAAUGAAAUCAAGGAUCUCACUGAAAAGAUCAAGUUGGCGGAAGGCAAACACGAGGAGCUCGCCCAGAAAGGACUGAGCGAAAAGAAAGAGCUUCAGCUGCGGAUCGAAGACAUGGAGGAAAAGGAGCAGAAGCUUCAGGCACGAAUCGAAGCCCUGCAGGCAGACAACGACUUCACAAAUGAGAGACUAACAGCCCUGCAAGUCCGGUUAGAACAGCUGCAGGAGAAAAGCAUGAAGGAAAACAACAGCUUAGACCACUUUCUUUUAAACAGUGGAGGAGACUGCACAUUAAUCCAGCAGUACAUUGAAUGUCAAUCGGUCAGGCAGCUGAAAGAAGCAGUGGACUCAUCUAUUACCAAGCUGUCCAACUUUGAUGAUGUCAUUGAUGCACAUCUUCAGAACAAUCAGACGACAGUGGACAACAGCUUAGCCAGUCAAGACAGGCUUAAAGAAAACCAGAUAGACACUAAAGAGUGUGAUAUGUCUGAUACGCUGAGUCCAAGCAAGGAGAAGAGCAGCGACGAUACAUCAGACGGACAAAUGGAUGAGCAGGAGAUGAACGAGACCCCAAACCGAGUUUCUCUUCUGAAAGAAAUGGACCGGAACCUUGAACCCGGAGACUCUGAGCAGGUCAUUCCUCAUCUCCAUAGAGAGCUGCAAGAGGCGCAGGAGCUCGCCAACACGGGCAAGCAGAAAAGCCUUGAGCUUCAAGCCUUGCUCGAUGAAGAGAGGAAAACCAACAGACAGCAGACCGAAGAGUCUGCUAAACAAAUUCGCUUCUUACAGACUCAGCUAUCAAAGCUUCAGUCUGACAUGGAGGCUCUGCGUGAGCAGAGGGAAAACACUAUAACCAGCACCCGAGAGGAGCUCUACAGCGCUCAGGAGGAGAUCCUAGUGCUCCGCCACGCCAUGGAGUCCGCCACUGCCGAGCGGGAGCGCGAGAUCUCCGGCAUGCAGGCAGACCUGAGCGCCGUCACAGCCGAGCUAGACAAGUGGAGACAGACGGCAGCAAAGUAUGAAGUGGAGAUCAGAAACCUGCAGGCUAGCUUUCAGCUUCAGAACCAGCACCAGGAGAGAGCCAGUGAGCUGCAAGGAGAGCUUGAGAAGCUUCAGUCCGAGUGUCGUGGUCUUCAGGAGGAGUGUGAUGGUCUGAGAGGCGAGAAGAUCACGCUAAUGCAGAAGCUCAGCCGACUGGAGGAAGAGCUGGACAGCUCCAGAGAACAAAGUGCCACGCUGAGUAGCACUCUGAACGCUAUGGAGAGAUCACAGGGGGCUCUGGAGAAUAAACUGGGCUCCAUACAGGACCAACACCAACAGGACGCCAGCAAACUGAAGAUUCAGCUGGAUCAAGCUGAGAGCCGAACCAGAGACCUGCAGAAAGAGUACGAUGACACUCAGAGCCAGCUGUCAGAUCUCAGACAGCGAUAUGAUCGGACGGAGCAGGAGAAAUGCUCCAUUAAUGAUGAGCUGGAGCAGUGUAAAGUCAACCUGAAGCUCUUGCAGGAGAAAGGCGGCAAUCCAUCCAUAUUGCAGCCUGUCCAAGCCAUUUUCAUCGGUCUAUUCCUGGUUUUGCUGUAUUGGUGCUUCAGCCAGUUGUGGUAGAAAGAGCGGAUGGAUGCCCUGGUUGCCGGUGGUUGCCGCCGUGGUUGCCGUGACCGCAGUGGUGCUUUAUCCCAACUUGUCCAAGAGCUCCUCGUGAGAACCAAUCAUGGCACACGCCCAAAACCCAGUGUCUGUCCAAACCAAACGUCAGGCACAAGGUCUAAUCCGAACACAAUACCUCCAACCCCGAUGUCUAUGUGUAAAAUGCAAAUGUAUAUAGUAUAGAAAUAAAGAGGGAUUAAAAAUGUAAGGCAUAUUAUAAACACUCUAUGUGGAUUUUUGUCACUCGGAUGGGUUGAAUAAUAAAAUGGCCUAAACUAGGCCUCGAUGAUUUGAGUUUUCUUGGGUGGGUGGUACUACGGUAUGUUUUCUGUCAGCGCAUUAUUUUUAGUCGACUAUCCUUGUGGUUUGCCAUGUUAGUUGUUAAUGUGGUAUUCCAAAUAGAUGUUAAGCCAAAUGGGCACGAGAGGAGGUGAAGUGCCUACUACUCCUAAAUUAACUUUUACGUUAAAGUGCCACUCUCACGUCUCGAAUCCAUCCCGAACGAUAAACGCCUUCACAUCGUCUGUGCUGUAAUUGUGCACAUGCUUCAGUGACGUCAUCGUUCCUUAGCGUGUAUUAUAAGCAAACGUUCACGUCAAAGACACUACAGCGAUCCAAGUGAUUUUGAAAUUGACUGUCAAGUGGAACGAAGCAUUGACUUUAAAAACAAACAAACAUUGUAGCUUUUUACCAACACACUGUCCUGCCAUUUGGAUUGAGACGAUCUCGUUUCUGUAUUCAGACUUUCUCCUACAGUACCUCCAGAUAAAGGCGCUGGGAUUUUACUGCCUUACCUAUAACACAGAUUGUGUAUCUUCUUCUAGAUGCAGAAGCUAUGAGAUAAAUGAAAACAAUGAUAUAUGGGUGGAAGUGUCAUGAAGCACAGUGUGCGAGUGAAUGAUUUUGGUGGUGAACAAAAUUGUUUAAUUUUGGGUGUGUGAGCCGUUUGAUACUGGAGAAAGAUGAAUUAACCAAUGAUUGGUGUGUGGUUCUCAUUUGUGUGCUGUAAAUAAACGGUCGUGGGGCAAAACACGAAAUUCAUCUGAUUCAACGUCUCGAGAACUUGCCUUUUUCUUUUACCGGAAAGACGCACUCCGACAAAAAUCCAACCGUGAAUGCAAAAUAGCAAAGCUUGUAGCACAGAAAGAAUAGCUUUAAAAAUGAACCAAGAUGAAUAUUGAAGAUAUCGAAGCGUUCACAAAGCAUGAUGGACUUCUCUUGAGGACUUUAAUUCUUUCCUAACGGCAAACAUCUUCCUUGACGUUGUGUGCACCAAACGGCACGUUUAGAAGAAUGCGCACGUCGAUUGUAAAUAUGUAUGUAUGAAUGUUUGCGUGUGUAUAUAUAUGUUAUAGUCACGAAAUAAAAAUUGGUUAUAAAUAAAUAAUAUUGCUGCUGGAGCCGAUUUUCAAGGUUUAAUACACUGUCCUACUUGUUUGAGAGUCUUCUCCAUUCCAGUUAGUGUUCAUUUCUUGGUUAUGAUGUGAUUUAAGUAUUUUUGGUUAAUAACACACUAAGGGUUUUUUUUUAUGGCAUGUAUUUUAUUCCUCAAAGCAUGCGGGAUAUUUAUCAGACAUGCAACAACACAACAAUUCGACUAUUAAAGUUGCAAGCCUCAUUGAAUUAGGAAGUAACUGGCUUGUGUAAGAUUCGAGUUUGAUUUUCUUUGGUUUUCACGUUGUAGAUGGUGGAGUAAAGUCUUAUUUAUAACUAAAGGGGGACCUUGUGUCAUGGCCUUAUAGAAUUCUUAACGCUGCAUGGUCACAAACCAACCAACCAAGUCAGUAUAACAGCACACUGCUUGUACAUACGGUAGUUUUAUUGUUUUUUGAGUGACAGCUCAAAAUACACUUUUUAUAUUUUGAAAAGUUAAUUGUUAGAUUUCUAUUUUGUUAAGACCUAGAAUGAAAUAAUCGAGAUAAUUUCUGGAAUACAGAUAAAGAGUUUUUGCACUUGCGAGUGUGAUGUGCAUGUCUUCAAUAAAACAACUUUACUUUCAUGGUC